AUGAUCUUCCUAGUUCUUUUUGUUUUACUGUCUCCUCUCGAAGCUCAACGAGAACGAUGGGGAGACCAAGGUGGUUCUAACGUUGAUCCCAGAUUCGACACGGAUGGUAGAUUUGGUAACAGGGACUCAAGAUUCAAUGGCGGUGACCCGAGAUUUGGGAACGGUGACCCAAGAUUCGGGAACAGUAACUCGAGGUUCGAGAAUGCUGACCAAAGACAGGGUAACGGUGACCCGAGAUUCGGAAACGUUGACCAACGAUUUGGAAAUAGAGACUCAAGGUUCGGGAAUGAUCCCAGAGCUUCUCAAAACCCAUUCGAUGAUCGUGGUAAUAGACCUGGAGGUUUUGGACGUUUUGGUGGAAUCCCCCCUCCAGUCGGUCCUCCUCCCUUUGGCUCAAGAGAUCGUUCGCCAUUUGGAAUGCUCGCAGACAUACCGAACCCUCAUGGUCCUUCUCCACGAGGACACAAUCCGUUCGGAAUCCCACCACCUAGAGGGCCACCUCAUGCUCUAAGAAUGCGCGGACGCGAAAGACGAGGCCAUUUCCGUUUCGAUCACGCGAUGAAGCUUCGUUCCCGCCCGGAUGAUUGGAACAAAAGUGCAAGAAGAUUCUGCCGUCGUUUCCCAGGACACCCAUCGUGCAGAGGAGGUAAUGGUCCUGAGUUUACCGAGUUUCAAACAAUUGUAACAACCGUUUUCCGUAAUGUAGGAAACUACUUACCCAGAGUGCCUAGAAUCAACAUCCGCAAUCCGUUGUUGAAUAUUCACCAGGAUUUGGUUGAAGAAGCAAAAAAAUAUCAUCCAGUAUAUGGACAGAGAGAUGAAAGCAUCGUAAAACAUAUCAGGAACGUUUGCCGCAAUUUCAAAUGUCAAGAACAAGAUCAAAAACGAGAAGAGUUCAGAGAAACUAUUGUCACAAAGAUUUAUGAUUUCGAAAAAGCUGUCACCGGAAAAGAUGAAACUGAUGCUAUUACUCUGCGUUUCGAUCGAACCCAACAAAUCAAGCAGGCUCUGUUAGAAAAAGCCAAUCUAACAGAUGUGGUUGUUGCCGCUGAUGAUGGAAUAUUUGAUCGCGAUUUGCUGUUGACUGAGAAACAACAAAACUUUUUGCUUAAUGAGCUCGGAAAAGGUGGUGUUGGUACUGAUGAGGUGCCUGAUCCAGGGACAGAUGAUGAAGAAUCUGAUUCCGAUUCUGAUUCUGACUCUAGCUCUGGUUCAAACUCUAAAGAAAAACAGCUUCUUCAAACGAGCACAGUCGCCAACGCACGUUUAGCCAGACAACGAAGAGCCUCGGUUUUCUUCGAAGAGAACUUAGUGCAGAAAUGGGAUUUAACCAGGCCAAUUCCUUACUCAAUGGAUGAGUCUUUGGAAGAACUGGAUAGAGAAGAUGUUCGCCAAGCCUUGGCUGAAAUUACAAAGAAUACUUGUAUCAAAUUCCAAUACUUCGCUGCUACACCCAGUGGCUAUCAUAUCAAUUAUUUGAAGGUGGACAGCCCAACAUUUUUCAGCUGUGGUUUGUCAUACAUAGGCAGAACUGAUCCAGCAAAUCCAGUUUACCUCAGUUUCCAAUGUGGUGAUUCCCGUGGAGUUGCCAUUCACGAAACGAUGCACGCCCUUGGAGUGAACCAUCAGCAUUUGCGAAUGGAUCGAGAUCAGCAUCUAACCAUCGAUUGGAGUAACAUAAACCCACAACAUUAUGAUUAUUUCGUAGUUGCUGACUCGAAACUAUACACAACUUAUGGAGUGAAAUAUGAUUAUGGAAGCAUAAUGCAUUAUAAUGCAUACACUGCUGCUGUUAAUGUAACGAAGCCGACAAUGGUUCCAAAACUGAACACGGCUGAAAACCUAAGACUACUUGGACAACGAACUCGAAUGAGUAAAAGCGAUAUUGAAAUAUUGAAUAAGAUGUACUGUAAACCAGCGAACUGUGAAGACAAAAACGUCUACUGCGGUGCUUGGGCGUUGAAGGAACUCUGCAACAACCCCAGCCAUAAGGGGUGGAUGGUUAACAACUGUCGAAAGAGUUGUAACUUCUGUUAA